AUGGAGCGAUUGCAGUUGGAGAUUGGAUCUGGUAAGACUCCUGAACUUCGAAUUUCUGAUUCUGGUGCUAUUUUCUGUAAGAACAGGUUGUGGGUACCUGGGAUGAAGAAGGAUGUGGCAGAGUUUGUGUCGAGAUGCGAAGCCUGUCAGUUGGUGAAGACAGAGCAUCAGCGACCAGACAAGGACACGACGCCAUUGAGUGUUGUUGAUCGACUGACGAAGUCCGCCCAUUUUCUUCCGAUCAGGCAGACUGAUCCGAUGGAUCGCUUGGCACAGAUAUAUGUGAAGGAAAUAGUUAGAUUGCACGGUGUGCCUAAAGUGAUCGUAUCUGAUCGAGAUGACGAUUUACUUCCAGACUUUGAAAGGAUUCAGCAAGGCUUGAGUACGAAACUGCAUUUCAGUACAGCCUUUCAUCCUCAGACCGACGGACAGUCUGAGAGAACCAUUCAGUUUCAGUCUAGCAUUGGUAUGGCACCGUAUGAGGCUCUGUAUGGCAGGAAGUGCCGUACUCCUUUGACUCUGAUUGAGGUCGGAGAUAGACAGGAAUUGGGUGCCACUUUCCUUAAAGAAACUGUUAAGAAUAUCAGCUUGAUUAAAGAAAGAUUGAAAGCGCUCAGGAUCGACAGCGGAAAUAUUAUAAUCAAAAGCACAGAUUUGGCCAGGAUUAGAAAAUUUGCUUACCGACUGUUACUUUCUGAUUCGAUGCCUGACGUGCAUAACGUGUUUCACGUAUCCACUUUGAGGAAGUGGGUAUCUGACUCUGGGAAGAAGCUGUCAGCUGACGAAGUUGAGAUUCAGGAGAAUCUGUCGUACAAAGAAGAGCCAGAGUUGAUUUUGGCGUACGACGUCCGAAAACUACGAAGUAAAGAGAUUCCGAUGGUGAAAGUGCAGUGGAAGCAUCGUACUGCGCGGGAAGCUACUUGGGAGAAGGAGUCUGAUAUGAGACAGUUGUACCCGUACUUGUUCUGA